AGAAAGAACUAAAAUAGAGGGAGGGCGAGAGAGAGAGAGGAGAGGAGGAGCGGCGAGAGGUGAAACCCUAGGAUUCACGGCGGCGGCGGUGGUGGCCGCGAUGACGGCGGCACGGUGACCGGGGAGGAGUAGGUGGUGGCAAGAUCCGGUGAUAUGGAGGAGAAGGAGAUCUGGGGAACGUGGGAGGAGCUCCUCCUCGCCUGCGCCGUUAAUCGCCACGGCACCCGGCGCUGGGAGUCCGUCGCCAUGGAGAUCCAGUCCCGUACAUCCGUUUCCCAGCUCGUCACCCCACAAGGCUGCCGUCAGCGAUACCGCGACCUCCAGCGUCGUUUCGGCGUCGGCGUCGUUAACGGCAGUGGAGACGACGACGGAGGUGACGCCGAUCCCGAUUCGAAAGCAGACGUUCCGUGGCUGGAGGAGCUCCGCAGGCUCCGCGUCACCGAACUCCGCCGCGAGGUCGAACGUUACGAUAUGUCCAUCGGAUCUUUACAAUUGAAGGUAAAAAGUCUGCAAGAGGAGCGCGAACGGAGUUUACGGCAGGCGGAGUCCGGCGAGGAGAAGCCGGAUCACGAGACGAAGAAGGAGGCUGGUCCGCUGGGAUCCACGCCGGAGAGCCUCGCCGGAAAUCGGAUCUCCUCUGGCGGUGAUUCCGUACCCUCAUGCGAUCAGUCCCACUCGAACGACCCGCAGCAGAUUCCCGGAGAGGACUGCCGAGAGCAGGGGAAGGCGUCGGCGUCGGUCCCGCCCGGCAGUGACGCGACUGAUCCUUCCGCCGUUGCCGACGAGAAGGCGGCCGAGGGAUCGUACAACGGCAGCACGGGAAGCCCCACGGUUGGCGCGGCGGCCCGGAAGCAGGCGAUGGGCGAUUCGGGCGAGUCCAUCGCCGAGUCGAAGCGGGGCGAGGAAGGGGAGGGGGGGGAGAAGGAGAGCAGCGACGUGCAGAGUUCGGCGAGCCUGUCGCGGCGGCGGAGGAAGGCGGCCUUCAUUGGCCGUAGCGGCGGGGGCGAGGAGGCGGCCGCGGAAUCACAGCCGUUGGUUGACCUCCUCCAGAUCUUCCGGUCGGACAAAUACGGGUCCGUCUUCGAGCGCCGGCUCGAGAGCCAGGUAAGCGUGAGAUACCGCAGCCUCGUGCGGCAACACGUGGACCUGGAAAUGGUCCGGGCCAAGCUGGACCGCAGAGCACCGGGGCGCUCGUAUUCGACCGCAGAGUUCUUCCGGGAUCUGCUGCUGCUCUGCAGCAACGCCGUCGUCUUCUUCCCCAAAGACUCCCUCGAGUCCGUCGCUGCCGUCCAUCUUCGCCGGCUCGUGACCAAGGAGUUGGACGCUACCUUCCGGACGCCGAAGGAACCCACGCCGCCGCCUCCUCCUCAGCCCAAACCAGCCGCCCCGAAACCCAACCCCGAACCAGACCUCGCCGGUGCGUUGACCGACAAGACGAUCUCCUCGCCGCCGCCGAUCGUUUCCCGCAAGCGUAGCUCCAUAUCGAACAAGGUAGCCGUAGCGGCCGCGAAGAAGGAGGAGGAGGAGGAGAAGCCUGAUCCUGCGAGAAAGGAGUCGGACAACGAGGAGAAGAGCCUCACUGCCAAGGAAAGGACCGUCCUUUCUGGGACGACGAGAGGGUUGCGGAGCAGCAAAGUCCGGGGUGGCAAAGGGGAAGGAGGUUCGGCAGCCAAAAGGUCCAACCUUGCUCCCACUCCGGGCCUCAAAUCCAAACCCGUGGACAACGUGGCGGCCGUCGAGGAGGUGGUGAAGCCAGACAAGAAAAAGCAAAGCGCGACCAGCUUCUUAAACCGUAUGAAACGGAGUUCGAACGGGACGCUAAUGGAAAUGCUAAAGAGCUCGUCUGGAGCAGGCGGCGGCAGGGAGCAGAAGAAAGAAGCCAAAGGUGACGCCCGGAAGGACCAGAGCUCCCGUCAGGCGACUGGAGGGGGCGGCGACUCGGGGAAGAAGGUGGCAGAGGCUAGCGGCGUUUCGGGGAAACGGAGCGUGGGGAGGCCGCCGAAGAGGGCGGCGGCUUAUGUCACACCGCCUCCGGCAAAGAGGAAGAGGGAGGAGGCGGAGGCAGCGGCAGCGGCGCCUGCCAAGACUCCGGCGUCGACUUCGAGGAAGCGAAGACGGAGAUGAGGCCGGUGAUCUGCUGUGUAAAUUAUAUGGACUUCCCCUCUUAUUUUUCUCAUUUUGGGGGACUGAACAGCAAAAGAAAAAGGAAAAAGAAAUGCUCUUAGCUUCCGCUGUAAUGAUAGUGGUCAUUGUAAUCCGCUGUAACUUAAAUUUAAUGGUCCCAAGUGUCCAAGUAAUCAAUCUCAUGCAUCUUCUUCAUGGCGA